AAGCUGCUUUAUUAUCUAUCUAUCAUCUCGUUGGGGGACCGAGUGAGAUAUAUAAGGCAUGGCCAAGUGUCUCGUGGCCGCUCUGGCGCUACUACUCGUAGCCAACUGCGCUCUUUUCCUCCCUUCGCUCGCUUGCCCGUACUGCCCGACCCCAACAACUCCGCCGCCGCCAGCACCCAAGGUACUACCGCCGCCAACAGUACCCAAGCUGCCGCCGCCAACACCGAAGUUGCCGCCGCCGUCACCCAAGCUGCCGCCGCCGUCACCGAAGCAGCCGCCGUCGGCCGGGGCGUGCCCCAUCAACGCACUGAAGCUGGACGCGUGCGUGAACUUGUUGGGCGGGCUGGUGCACGCUGUCAUCGGGCAAAACGAGAAGAGCACGUGCUGCCCGGUGAUUUCGGGGCUCGCCGACCUGGACGCGGCGCUCUGCUUCUGCACCAUCAUCAAGGCCAAGGCGCUCAACAUCAACGUGUUGCUUCCCAUCGCCAUCGAGCUCCUCGUUGACUGUGGAAAGCACGUGCCCUCAGACUACAAAUGCCCUGCUUAACCUACUCAUCUGUCGAUCUCCGACAGUGUUAAGCUUGUUGUAUCAAUCAAUAUGUGUGUGGUCGAUUAAUAUCGUGUGUAAGAUCCUUAAUAAGUGUAGCCUGGCUAUCACAAAUGUGGCACAUAUAUAUAGUUGCUAUAUAUGGUUAAAUGUCGUACGUUGAAAUA